CCAAGGUUCAUCCUUCCCCCCUUGCUCCAUGCCCUAGGCCCACUCACCUCGUGACCUUGCUGCUGCAUAAACGCCUCUCCGCCUUAUUCCUUUUUCCUUUCCCAGCAAACCCUUCUCCCCCCCUCUCCGUUCGCCCUCCCUGGGGAGGAAGUUUUUUCUUCUGAAGCCGCGAGCAGCAAGUCUAGUAGGAGCGGCAGAUAGCGUGACGCAGCCAUGGUGCGACACAACAACCAGGUGCCGAAUGCGCACUUCCACAAGGAUUGGCAGUCGUACGUGAAGACAUGGUUCAACCAACCCGCCCGCAAAAAGCGCAGACGGAUCGCGAGGCAGAAGAAGGCCGUGAGCAUCUUCCCGCGCCCGACAGCCGGACCGCUGCGGCCGGAGGUGCACGCGCCCACCAUCCGCUACAACUCCAAGAUCCGCGAGGGCCGCGGCUUCACCCCCGCCGAGCUCAGGGAGGCGGGCAUCCCCAUUAGGGUGGCACGCACGAUCGGCAUCUCCGUGGACUCGCGCCGCCGCAACCGCAGCCUGGAGAGCCUGCAGGCCAACGUGGCCCGCCUCAAGGCGUACAAGGCUAAGCUCGUCGUCUUCCCGCGCCGCACCAAGAAGCCCAAGGCCGGCGACGCUUCUCCCGAGGAGUUGGCGGCUGCCGUGCAGCACACCGGGGCUGUGAUCCCUAUCGUGAGGCCCGCCAAGGACGUGCCCCUGGCGGCCGUCACAGAGGAGCUGCGCGCGGGCAAGGUGUACGAGACCCUGCGCCAGGAGCGCACCACGGCCCGGCUCGCAGGCAUCCGCAAGAAGCGCGCCCUGGAGAAGGAGAAGGAGGAGAAGAAGUAAGGGGCGAGGGAGAUAUCGCGAAGAGAGCGCUGGUUGUGGUUCGGCUGGUGGUGGCUGUGGGCAGCUGUAGCAAUGGCGGGUGUUGGGUGACUGCUGCUGCAGUUGCUUGGGCAUCAGCUGCUUUCAGCAGCAGCAGCAAGGGCAGAUGGGCAUCAGGAGGAUGAAGAGGACGAGAGCGUGCAUGGUAGAGGAAUCAGCAGCAAGAGCAGCAGCUGGCCUUGUUAAUGUUAGUGGAGUCACCUCUUUUGGCUCAUGGGUGGUUGCUGUGAUGCUUGCUGUUUUCAACUGUGAUGCCUGAAGUUUGAGAUUUGCAUUCACUCGUUCGUCGUGAAGUGCACCGUGAAUGUAGAAAUUUGUAGUGGCCUCACUAGUCUUUCUAUGGUUGCAUUGAAAUAUUGAUUGCGGGAGAUAGGCUAAUCGUCCCUACCUACCGCAGUUUAAGGGAAAUCUU